CUUUGCAGUUAUGAUUUUGGCGUGUUUGCCUUUCUGACCGCAGAGCGAUGCCGCACAUGCCUUCCGUGCCUUGCGGUCGGUAUGCUGAAAAUUGGAUUGGCAAGCCUUCUACAAGAAAUCUCUGGACACUAUGUGGUUCAUUUCUUCUCUGGCCAGGGCCAGACCACUGCCAACUCCGACUCCGUCUCGCCCUUUGUGCCCCUCUCAGUGGCUGGCCGGUCGUUCCGGUGUGAGCUUCCCCGUCUUCCCCAACAAAGCGCAGCAUCGGAGACUUCCGACACAUACGUGGCACAGUUGCGAAGCGCCUCGCUUCGUGGGCGGUGCUUGGUUGGAAGCAUCGAUGGAGAAAAGUUUGAAUUUCAACUCUGCGUUGGCGAGACGUUUGCCAUCAAUGGACAAGUGGCUUUUCAUGAGCCUCUCUCCCAGAUCUCUGCAGGCUACGGCUUUCAGCAGCGCUACAAGUCUGAAGCGCUCCAUGCGCAUCUUUUGUGCAGCUGCCAUCACCCACCUCCAGCAGAGCAGGCUGCUUGCGAUUUGGGGCAGCAUGUGUGGAUCCAGGAAAAGCUUGCAGAUGACCUUGCCAUGGUCGUUGGCUUCCAAGGCGACGAGCUUUUACUACGUUGGACGCAACAAGGGCAGGCCCGAGGCGCAUUUCCCAUGGCUCACACCCAACUCCGAGCUGCAGAGACCGGGCGCACCUGUGCACCACGGGAAGCGAAGCAAAAGCACCUCAUCCAAGCGAAGCGGCAUUCCGAGCAUCUUUCAGGAGAUGACGAGCAUUUUGCGGUGGAACUGAAGGCUCCAACAUGUUGCAGCACCAAGGAGAUGGAGCAGCAAGAGGCGGUCAUAAGCCUGCUGACUCCCUUGGAGGGUAUGUGUCAUUAUGCUCAAAAUGGCUGGUGGACUUAUGAAAUCUGUUGGCCGUGGCACGUCCGGCGACUUCACUUCUACACUACCAACGACCCAGAUGCACAGAUCUUGCGUGAGUUCACGGAUGAAGAUGGCAGCAGUACGGUAAUCACCGGAGCCACACGCACGGAGCUUGGCGCAAAUGGUGGCAUCAUCGGUUUCUUUGGAAACGGAGGUGCCGGUCAUCCACACAUUGAACUGCGGAGGGCUUUGGCACGAGGAUCGUCACACGGAUUGGCGCGAACCUGGCCACAAGAGGUCGUAGUGCAGUUGGAGCCUGGAGACGAUUGCAGAAUUAUGGCCAACAACUGGCUGCUCCAAAUUUCUGGCCCAGGAUCCAUGCAGGUCACUGGUAUUGGUGGCAGCUUCAACCCAGUACACGUGGAUUCCGCGUCAGGGCAUUUGGCCACGGCCACCAACAACCCAGACGCUUGUGAUCCCUUUGUGGAGCGCUUCGAUGGGGCAGUGCUCCUGGUGAAGCGUGGCCGCUGCUUCUUUCAGGUCAAGGCGACCAACGCGGAGGAUGCAGGUGCCGUUGCAGUGGUUGUUUACAAUGACCAUCGCCCCGACGUGUCGAUCUCUAUGGAAGGUGCUGAGGAGCUCCUUUUGCCUCGCAUACCAAGUAUUUUCGUGAGUGCUGAGAAGGGGCAGGAGCUUUUGCGGCACCUGGGCGGGCCUGCAUUGAUGUCUAAGGUCGGCGAUGAGUACGUUCAACUCUCUGAGCCUAUUUCAGCGCACGUCAUUUUCCGCUGCGGUGAAGACUUCCAAAGAUCGCAGACGUGCCAAGUUGGUGACGUUGUCGAUGUGAAGCUUUGGGUGAAGCGAACUUUGGAAAACCCGCCUUCCUUGCCUGACGCCGCCGCCACAGAGCAAGAACUUCACGAGUUUGCUGUGAUUCAGGCUCAGGCUGACAGCGCCUCUUUGCGGAUGCUUCGGGGGCAGGUCUUAGAUGCAGAUCCAGGGAACCAAAGCUUGCUGGUGCAGUGGCUUGGAGAGCAGGAGCAAUCCGUCGGAGUGGGCACAAUACCAGGAAUGAACUUGGACAAGGAACCACCAACCUCAGUGCCACUUGCAGCCGCUUUCCGCGAUGGUGUCCGAUGCACUUCUCCAAGGGACGUGUGGAUUGAGAAGCUUUUGGAACCUUAUGCCUGCAACGCCGAGUUUGUCGUCCACGUGGCAAGCCUUUGUGCCAUGCCAGAAUUGGCUCCAAAGAAGCCACAGGAAGAGCAAGGCAUCAAUUGCCAAGAACAGACGACGAAAAUCCAGCAAUGAAAAAACAUACAUUGGAGUUGAAAUCUUCAAAAACUGGAAUGAGAAAUCCUUCACAAGAAGUGUCAGGUUCUAGUGGUUGGAGCAGGAUUGCAAUUGAGCUGAGUCUUUUCCCGAAUGC